AUGACGGAGAUUCAAGCCAAGGCAAUUCAAACUUUUGAAGGACGAUUACGGGAACAGCUAAGACUGGGCCGGACACUGGUGUCAUUCCUGCUGGAGUUAAUAUAUAAAUUGAAGUUUAAACCCAGAAAUGAACGGCGACAGACAAUGCUUUUCAGUGCAACUAAAGACAACAAGACCAAUGAACUGGUUAAACUUGCCCUCAAGAGUGAACCCAUGGAGGUGGAUGUUGAUGCUGACAAAAUAAAUGCAACUGUUGAGGAUUGGAACAAGCAAAAGCAGGUGAAGCCAUACCAGCACUUUUACCAGUUCUGUAAUGCUGAAUCAGGUAUCCUGCUGUGUACAGGCGUGUUCCUAGGUUGGGAUAUUCCUGCUGUGGACUGGAUUGUGCAGUAUGAUCCUCCUGAUGAUCCUAAGAGUACAUUCAUCGGUGGUGAAGAACUGCCCGUGCUGGUGGCAGUGGCAAUGCACUCUUGUUUCCUUCGUGAGAGAGAUUGGCUGGAAAAGUUGAUGACUCAGAACUAUUUCCUCCAUGCCAGUGGCAAAGAAGCUUUCAAGGGCUAUGUUCGAGCAUACAACUCCCAUCAACAGAAAGAUGUUUUGACAUCAACACACUGGACUUGA